UCCGUCACACCCUAGCCAUGCUAACCGCCAAUUCUAUUCCAUUCGGAGGAAGUAGCGCCGCCGGAGAUUCGGGCAGAUCAACGGUGGGUGAGAGGUUCGUCGGAUUACCAUCAUAGCUGGGGUGACGAUGGCGAAGACGGGAUCGUCUUCGGCUGCCAUUGCAUGGUCGUUCUGGCUGCUGAUCUUGUUUAUCGUGAGCGUAAUCGUCAUCAUGAUGCGCUGCACCUGCGCGAGUACCACCGCAGCUAUGGGAAUCACCCGCUCGCUGCUGCGCAAGUGGUAUGCCGGCGACUCUUUGUACUCGUCAGCGACGGAGAUGGGGGGGAGGGCAACGUCUCCAGAGCCAACGCGUGUCCUUCUAUCCAAUCCCUGUGGUCCCAGUUUCCAAAUCGUGAACUCGGAUCUGCUGAGUUGCGCUGCGGAAUUUGGCAGCGAUGACCUUGUCAGCAACGACUUCGCCUUUCCGCCGCCUGGUGAGUGGUUCACCAGGAGCGCGGCGUUGUCACCAAAGGACAYGUGGAUGUUCGUCCUCGUCGCCGAUCGCGUCUGGUUGCGGAGAACGAACGGAGAAGGCAUCCUGCUGCCCUCUGCGAAUGGCACUCUGUUUGCUGGGCCUUGGCCGCCUCCCAACAACSGCGGUCUGKCUGUGGUGGCGCUUGCUGUGUAUGAUCCGGACCUGAGUACMGAUGGUUCCAAUACCACCGCCGCAGGGAAGACAGUAGGUAGGCGAGUCCUCUUCGUGUCGGAUGCCGCCAACCUCAUGCUUCGGGUUUUCUUGGUGCCGUCACCAGAAAAUGCCGCCGCCGCCAUGGCCUCACCAGAGAGUGCCAGCGCACCAACGAAAUCUUACGAGCUGUCAUACUUUAACUUCACCGACGGGAAACCGAUCUAUAGCCUCGCAUGCGAUUCCAUGCGCCAUGUUUUGUACGCUACUUCAGAGAGUCAGAUUCUGAAGAUGACACUCAAAGGAACGGUAGAGUUCGUGGGGGGUGGGGUAGCAGGAGGGAAGGUCACCAGCGUGAGACUCGUUUCUGAGAGGGCCACGUUCCAAUCCUGGAUUGGAUCUAGCCUCAGUGCAGGUUACAGUGACGACGAUGAUCCUCACAACGUCCGAUUCGAUAGGCCUUUCGUGAGCUCGUCCGCCAUAACCACGGACGGAGAGCAACUGUACGUUGCUGAUCAAGGCAACGACAUCAUUCGGCGAAUCUGGACCGUGAACGGCAGUGUGGAGACCAUCGCCGGACAAGCGAGAAACUCGGGUGCAAAAGAUGGCGCCUUGUUGAGCGCCCUCUUGAGCCACCCCGAGGGAUUGGCACUGAUGCCCGAUGGGUGCAACAUGUUUAUCUCAGAGUUCGAAGGAGGCAGAAUCAGGUCGAUUCACUUCGACAGCGUUGGCAAAGGCAGUUCCAGCGGGAAAGUUACGACGAUCGCCAGGGCACCAGGUUGGUUCUUCUUGUCACUUUUGAUGACUCCUAAUGCCGGGACUCUUUACGUGAGCGGACGGUAUCAGAAACUUUUUCAGCUAACUGUUAGUAAGGCGGCCCUGCCUCCUUGUUCGUCUUCCGUUACUGCCGCUCCUUCCCCUCGUUCUAACACCAUCAUCGGUGUCGCCGUCGGCCUGGGGUUGCUCUUCGGAGCCGCCGCCAUCGCUGCCUCUUCCAUCGUCAUCGUCAGACGGCGUCGUGGGGGAAUGCAGCUGGGGAAGGUGUCAAAGCGCUUCCCAUCUGGGGCUGAGGGAGCGGAGCUCCUCGUAGGAGGAAGCAGCCCUUCUCCCGCCGAUACCACGCCCGUUACCAGUCUAGCGGAAGGGAGUCUUAGCCAGCCAUCGGUGGAUCGUGAGAACCCUCCUUCUGGUCGUUCUGCUGAGGUCGGCGGUCGCGAGCUUCAGACGGCCGGUCCCAGACGCUACUGCCUUGCUGAGCUUAGGACUGCCUGCGAUGGGUUCAGCCAGAGGCGGCUGCUAGGACAAGGAGGAGCGGCGGAGGUGUAUAAGGGAGUGCUCAGCGGCGGGGAAGUGGUGGCCGUCAAGCUCAUGAAGGGGGAGGAGUUCUCUGCAGGCAGGUUUCGCCAGUUCCAGGCAGAGCUGGCGGUGCUGGGUUCGAUUCGGCACCGCCACCUCUGCAGCAUUGUCGGCUACUGCACAGAGAAAGACAGGUCGUUGAUCGUCUAUCCAUUCCUAGGAGGAGGGACGUUAUACGAUCGUCUGCACUCGCCAUCAUCGCGUCAUCAUCCUGCCGUCCCAGCUGCGGACGGAGAGACCAAGCGGAUUGGCAAACCUGCGAAGUCCAAAAGUGUAGACGAAGAGGAGCGCAGUAAUGCUGCGGAGGAGGAGGAGGGAWAUAAUACUACCGGUAGCUUGUCGGGAAGGGCGCCUCUAGAGUGGACGGACCGGGUGGUCGUGGCCUGCCAUAUCGCUAGUGCUCUGCACUACCUUCAUGAGUUGGUGGAUCCGCCGAUCAUCCAUCGGGACGUCAAGAGCAAGAACGUUCUUCUGGGGAGUAGUGGGAAUGGUCGAGCAGUCAGGGCGUACCUGUCCGACUUCGGAUUAGCAAAACUUGGACAGAGUGUUUUUGGGGAGGAAACGGCGGGAGAGACGGUGGAGACGUACCACGUGGCCGGGACUAUGGGCUACAUGGCCCCCGAGUACUUCCGCGAUGUCCGACUGACAGUAAAGAAUGACGUGUACGCCUUCGGGGUGCUGCUGCUGGAGCUAGUCUCAGGGCGAAAGCCGUUCGGGGAACGUUCCUGCCAYCUGGGGGAGGAGGAGCGGAAGGAGAAGGAAGAGCGGGAGGGAAGCAAGGCUCUUGCUGAGUGGGUAAGGAGAAAAUUGGUCGAACUUUCACGGGAAGAAGAAGGUGGGGAACGUGGCCAGCAAUCUGAUGAUGUCUCUGUAAAUCUCGCGCGUGUGAGGACAGAGCAUGUCCAGCAGAUAGCCGACAGGAGGUUGGAGACUCUSGGYGUUGUAGAUUGGGGGGCGGUGCACAGCAUGUUCGAGGUGGCGAUGAUGUGUGUCCAAGACGACCCUAAUCAACGGCCCUCGAUGAAUGUCGUCUUGCAAAGACUAUCGCAGCUGUCAAGGGGAGUUGCCGUGGGUAUGGUAGGCUGACUACUUGUGUUCCACAGAAAGUUUUUUUUUUUUUUUUUUUUUUUGUUCCACAGAAAGUUGCAUGUACGCCAGUUUUGAGAAGUAUAUAUUUCGUACUACCGGUCGGCUGACGAUUCCUGACAAACAUACAUGGUUUUUUUUUUUUUUCUUCUUUUCCCUCAAAAACGCCCUCUUUUGAGCCAAUAGCUCUUCAACAAUAGUAAAGAACAAACAAGACU